AUUCCUUCUCUCCUGCCUCCAUUCCUUUGGGACUAGGGUGAGAAAACAAAACAUGUGAGUCUCUCUCUCUCUCCCCCCUUCUUCCUGGGAGCCCAAAGAUGACAGGCCGGGCUUGCCAAGCCCACCCGGCACUCCGCUGCUACACCCUCCGGGGACUUUGGAAUGUCCUCCUCCUGGAAGCAUGAUUCUUUCGGCCACCAGCGUUCCCACAUGUCACUGAAGGGCUUCAACUCGUGGGCCUGCGCUUCCAUCGGCCAGAUGUUUAGCCCCUCCAAGAUGUUCAGCUGGCACCAGUCGUUCUCCAUCAGCGCUCCGUGGAAGAAAGGCAAAAGGACCCCGCCAGCUGACAGCAGGGUGGUUCUGACCAAUAUGAAGAUAAUAAGCAAUGAUAAAAAUCAAAGUGAAGGGCUAAGACAAGACUCUCCAACCACCUCCGACUCUGCAACAGAACCUGGUCCUCCGGAAUCAAGCGCCGCCCCAGAGCAUCCAGCAAGUCCAACCAUCGUAUGUGAUGCGCCAGUGAAAGCCGAGUGCCUUACUGCGCUCCCUGGCCUUGACACAUUAAUGCCGAAACAUCAGGCGCUGAGAUUAGCCAAGUUUGAAUCGGAAGACUCUGGUGUGGAGUUGCCGAGUGGCGCCAACUCCCCCUCCACGCCCAAGGGCUCUGAGAAAAGCUUUGUGCUCCACAGCAGAGAUCCUUCUUGUGACUCUGGGGUGCUGAGCGCCUCUUCCUCUCCAGCAGCUGACCACGCAAUCACAAGAGUGUGCAAAGACGCUGUGGAUGCUUGCCUGUGCAUUUCAGAUGGCAAACCGGCAGCAGGGCAGUCUCUGGCAAUUUGCUUGGAGGAUGGCACUGACUCUCCAGAGGUGGGAAAUGCUGAACAGUCUUUUUUGGGUGGAAGCCAAGCAGAGUGCUUGGAAGAGAAAAUCAGCGAAUCCCUCCUCCCCAUUAAAGAAGAGAAAAGACCUGGUGAUGAUUGCGGAAAAGACAACUUUGAAGAGAUGCUCCUGCAGGGGUACCCCCUGAGAAAAUACCCCACAAGUGACAGUUUGGAUGAGUACAUGGACGAAUGCUGUAGGCUGAGUAAGGUGAACCAAGGAAAUGCCAAGGCCCACGGCUCAGGCCUGGGUUAUCUGGAACACAUCUGCCAACUUAUUGAAAAAAUUGGGCAGCUGCAGGAGCACAACCUGAGAUUACAGAAGCAAGUCGGCAGCUUGCAGAAGGAGCAGAGAGCAAACCAGCUAACAGAGGAGUGUUUUCUACAGCAUUGCUCCUGCGGAGCUGCCAGGAUUUUGUUGAGCUCAUACCAAGAAGGGAAGAAUUUUUUUCCUGGGAAGAGCAGACCGCACAGCCUAUUGGUGCAGAACGGAAACAUGUCUGACCUCUCAAUCAUUCCAGAAGUAGGAGGAGGAAGCAGUGACAAAACAAGCAAAGGGAGAGAUGUUCGCCUGGAUCCGGAAAAUAACCAGCUGAUAAUGGAGUUACAGCUGUCGAAUGGAAAGAAAAGUGGAGAGAAUGAGUCCAGGGAUGGAUAUUGUGCGACUGAUGGCAAAACUUAUCUCCUAAAGGAGUCAGCCAUGAAAAGGGGCUUUGACAUUAGCAGAAAUGCCUCAGGUGACAACCCGGCCUGGGGAAGAAUGAGAGACCUCCUGAGAAAGAGUAGGGGAAGGAACCAGAGCAGGCUGGGCUUGUCAUCAGCUGCCUUGAAAAGGUCAUGCCCUCAGCUCUAUAGGCCAGACUCUGCGUGUUCGGAUUUGAGGAAAACAGAGAGGAACUCGAUGAUUGCCUUGGGACAAAGUUCAAGGAAUGAAAGCUUUUGGCCUUUCUGACAGGAUAGAG